UUUACUCAAUUGUUUGAAAAAACUUGGUAAAAUGCCGAAGUGCGUGAUAGCAAGUGUUUUAGUCGGAAUUGCAUUGGUACUGGGUGGUGUCGUUCUUCUUGUUGGUAAAUACCCUGAAAAAAUUAUCGAUUCGGAAAUCAACAAACAAUUAGCAAUUUCGCUGAAUUCACCAGAAUUUGAUGACUGGAUGACCCCGCCCCCUCCUAUCUACAUGCAGUAUUGGAUGUUCAAUGUAACGAAUCCGGAUGCCGUAAUUGCAGGACAAAGAGCAAAUUUGACACAAAUUGGGCCGUUUACAUAUCGAUUGUACCAGCCGAGAUAUAACGUCGCUCUAUACACGAAUAACACUGUCUCCUAUCAGUACAAUCACACCCUUGUGUUUGUCAAAAAUAUGUCAUGUGCCGACCCCCAUAAUGUCACAAUCACGAAUCUAAACGUGCCAUUACUCACUAUUGCUGGAAUGCUGAAGAACAUGCAUAUACCUGCUUUUAUUUCUAAAAAAAUAAUAGAAAUAUUCAAAGACAGCAAGGUAUUUCCGCAACACACGGCCUAUGAAUUGCUCUUUGGUUACAAUGAUUCACUGUUAAGCUUCGCCCAUAUGUUUAUUCCUUCAUUUCCAGCAAAGUUUGGACUUUUUUACGGUUUCAAUAACACAGACGAUGGAGUAUAUCUUGUGAACAGUGGAAGGAAAGACAUAUCUCUCGUAAAUAAAAUGGAAAAGUGGAAUUUCAAAUCCGAAUUAGAUUAUUGGUCCGAUAAAUAUGGCAACAUGUUAAACGGUACCGAUGGUGUCUUUUUCCAUCCUGACAUGAAGAUAACAGAAACGAUCUAUGCUUAUUCAACAGAUAUUUGUCGUUCUUUACCGUUUAAAUAUGAAAUGAACACAGAUGUUCGAAGUAUCUCAACAUAUCGUUAUCAUACAACUGCAAUGGCAUUUGCAAAUUCCACCGUUAACCCCAACAAUGGAGCAUUCUGCGUUCCGGCUGGAAAUUGCAUGGGGUCUGGAGUCUUAAAUAUCAGCGUAUGUAAGGAUAAUGCACCAGUCGUUAUUUCCUCUCCUCAUUUUUACUUGGGUGAUCCUAAAUAUGUUAACGGAGUUAUUGGACUUAAACCGAAUAAGACUUAUCAUGAAACCUACUUGGAUAUUGAACCUACUACUGGCACUGUAUUAAGAGCAAAUAAAAGAUUACAGCUCAACAUCCAACUUGAAGCUUCAGAAUACUCGGAUGAUCUAAAGAACGUUAGAACAACAACGUUUCCGUUUGUGUGGCUGAACGAGAGUGUCACAGUUGAUGUGGAUUCUGCAAAUCAUCUCAAACAAGUCCUUAUGGUGAAGCAAGUCGUGUUAUCCACCCCUUAUAUUCUGUUUGGCAUCAGCGCUCUUAUUUUUGUGAUUAUAAUAAUCGUAACAAUUCACAAAAAUAAAAAGAAAGGAACCCCACUUCUCACUAAUGUUGAUUAUGAUGAAGAUGAGAAUUAAUUUAAUUUGUUAAUGUUUCUUUAUUUACUCUAAUUUGUAUAAUUAUUUUCUGAUUUUUCUCCAUUUUGACCCUUACUUUAAUAACUAGCUGUUUGCAUAUGGAUAGUGUGUCAUUAACGAAAAACAAUUUUUCUUUGAUUUUAAACAUGUACAUGUAUUAUACUCUUGAAACUGGCCCAGUUGUUCCGAAUCUUUUCUAUAUAUUCCUCUCUUCAAGCCUAUUUUUGUGCUUUUUUGUUUCCGUUAUUUGAUCAAUCUUUAAAGCAGUUCCCAAACUUUUAUUGCAGGGUGGCCCCAGGUUCCGCGGGCCACAAAAUUAUUUUUGCAUUGUUCGCGGGCCACAAUAGUGCCAA